UUACUUUAUCUCUGUUGAAGCAAAAUCUUUGUUAAUAGUUCUAUUUAUAAGUAUAAAUAAGAUUGUCCCGUCAGCUAAGAAAAAACAUAAGAGUUUUUCACAUGGGUGGUUCACAAACCAAGUGCCAUGCCAAUGGUCAUGAGGUAAGAAUCUUGAAAGAAAAAACAAAGCUGCUCCAACAAAAGCUCAAUGAAAUGAUGUGCCUUCGAGAAACCGAGAGUGAAGUGCACGACCAAGAAGUUAUGGUCCAUGCACUUAAAGAAUCUGAAUGGAAACGAGAGCGGAAGUGGCUGCAAAAGGAAGUCAGGAGGUUAAGGAAGGUUCUGGAAGAUAGGGAGCAAAGAAACAGACGAGAGGCAAUGACAAUAGAGAAAAAGAGUGAGAAAGUGGCAUUGCAUGAGUUGGAGCAGAUGAGGGAAGAUAGAGCACAACGAGACGAGGCUGUCGAGAAGUGGAAAAGAUUGUAUCUGGCAAUCAAGAUUGAGCUUGAUAAUCUCAUUAACAGAACUCCUCAAGGGGAGACAGGAUCUUGGAGAGAAGAUGGAGAGUACCUGAUUGACGAGCUAAGAAGAGAGGUGAAAGCCAAGGAAGAGACAAUUGAACUUUUACAGGCUCAUAUCGCUUCAAUAGAGCAAGAACAAUCCAGGAGGGAGCGUGAGGUGGACAUACUGAGGCAGAGUUUGCGUAUCAUGAGCCACAAGAAGAAGCCAAAGAAUAUCUCUACAGGUUUCUCAAGAAACUUGCAACACUAGAUCAAACUCAUGGCUUGAUACAUUUGUGCUUCAUGUGCUUGUGGUAAUUGAUAUAAGGAAUUUGAUUGAGAAAAAUGAUUAUAUAUCUACAUGUAACCACAAGCUAACAAGCUUAUAUAUAACACAUAUAUCUCAGUUUCUUGAAUGAAA